UCUAUUCAUUCUUUCAUAAUAUUAUCCAUCAAUUAAUUAAUAUAUGAAUGUUAUCAUAAAUAAUAAAUAAUUCAAAAUGCCUGAAACAUCAGUGUUACCUAAGAAAUUCUCGGAUGGUCCUCAUGGUUUAGGAGAUCCAAAUGAUAGAAGCCUAAGAAAAGUAGAAACCGAAGUAGUCAUACCCAAACUUGUUAGAGAAAAAGCUAGAACAGAAAAAUGUAUUCCUGAAGUCGAGAAUUUCAAUAAAUGUUGUAAAGAAUCGUCUGUUUUUAUGGUUUUUAAAUGUAGAGAUGAAAAUGCAGUGUUAAAAUCAUGUCUAGCUUCAUGGUACAACAAUGAAGAAUUCAGACAGCUUUGCACGGAAGAAUAUUUAAAAGAAAGAAGUGAAUAUAGAAGAACAGGGAUUAAAAAACCGACUAAAAGAGCAUAAAAUCAAAAAAUUGAAAACUUUAUUAAUUAUUAAGAUUUAAAAAAUAAAUACAUUAGUCCAUAUCUUCUGUGUCAUCAUUUGUUAAAA